AUGUCCAGGCCAGCAUGGCCACUACUUCCUGUUUUUAAACCGCAUUCCUCUAGAUUCGGUGCCUUUCACUACUAUGUGUUAUCUUUGAACUAUUCCUCUUCUGCUAGAAACCACCUCGAGCCUUUAAUCUCCGGAUCGUCCUCGAAGUUUUGGCCUUCGCGCCACCGUGAAUACACAGUGACGCUCGCGUUGCUCCCCCAGAUUGGACUGAAAAUGCGAUCAACGAGGCUCUUCCAUAUGGCAGUGCUAGCACUUGCUAGCUUGACCAGUGCCACCGAACAUGAACCUUCACUUGACCCGACCAAAUGCGCGCUCGAACCCUCAGCUAUGGUGUCCGAUGCCUGCGUUUCGUACGGUGAAAUUAACGGAAUCAACGACCUUAUAUUCUCCACCCUGAACUCCAUUACACAAGAAACCGACUUUUUCUCUUACUACCGUCUCAACCUCUUCAACACAGAAUGUCCCUUCUGGUCGGAUGCCAACAGCAUGUGCGGCAACAUUGCUUGCUCCGUUAAUACCAUUGAAUCCGAGGACGAGAUCCCUCUCACCUGGCGCGCAGAAGAACUGAGCAAACUUGAAGGCCCCAAGGCGAAUCAUCCACCACGCAAGAUCCAAGCCGAGCGUCCCAAAGAGCGCCCACUCCAGGGUGAGCUGGGCGAUGACGUCGGAGAGAGCUGUGUGGUUGAAUACGACGACGAGUGCGACGACCGCGACUACUGUGUCCCGGAGGACGAGGGCUCAGUCGGCAAGGGAGAUUAUGUGAGCUUGGUAGACAACCCGGAGCGAUUUACAGGAUACUCGGGAGAAGGUGCGCACCAGGUGUGGAACGCCAUUUACAGCGAGAACUGCUUCAUGAAGCCCAUGGCCGAUGAGCUCGAGGACCAGACGCUGAAUGUUCCACUGGGCGGCCUUCAGGCGGCGUCCGCCUUCCGUGAUGUGCUUCACCAGAAAGCACAGCGGCCAGAAGGUCUGCCCUUGGACAAUGAGUGCUUGGAGAAGCGCGUAUUCCACCGCCUCAUCAGCGGCAUGCAUGCUUCAAUCUCUACUCACUUGUGCUGGGACUAUCUGAACCAAACCACGGGCCAGUGGCACCCCAAUGUGCAGUGUUUCCAGAAGCGACUGCUUGAGCACCCGGAGCGCAUCUCCAACAUGUAUUUCAACUAUGCGCUUGUUUCGCGUGCCGUCACCAAGCUCCGCAAACACUUGGACAACUACACGUUCUGCACCAGCGAUCCCGCGCAAGACCGCGAGACCAAGGCUCGCGUCAACAAGCUGACAUCCACACUCAGUGGCCUUCCCCAGAUCUUCGACGAGAAGAUUAUGUUCCAAGACCCCGGCGCUUUGGGCCUGAAGGAGGACUUCCGCAACCGCUUCCGCAAUGUCAGCCGUCUGAUGGACUGCGUGGGUUGCGACAAGUGCCGACUGUGGGGCAAGCUCCAAGUCAACGGCUACGGAACAGCCUUGAAGGUGCUGUUUGACUACGACGAGACCAAGAACGGCGAGAACCCCCCUCUUCGCCGUACUGAGCUCGUCGCCCUCGUCAACACCCUCGGCCGCAUCUCACACAGUAUUGCCGCUGCUCGCAGUAUGCAACGUGCCCUCCUUACCGGCACCACGCACAUGUUCCCCGUGCACGGCGCGGUACCCUCCUCGCAUCACGCCAACGCCCUCGCAGGACAGGGCGGGAGACGUGUAUUCAGGGAUGGAAACAACAAUUUCUUCUACGAGGGUGAUAACGACGAGAAUUUCAUUUAUGGCCGACAGCGCGUAGAGCGCUACCCCUGGGAGCGCCGGCCGCUCGGCCCAGACGCCGGAGUCUGGGACGACAUCAAACAAGAAUGGGAAAUGGUCUGGGGCACAGUCGGAUACAUCUGGUCGGCCUGGAUGGACAUUCCGCGCACACUGUUCCAAAUCGGUAUGUGGGAGUCUGUCCGGUUGUACAAUUAUUGGCUCGGCUUGCCGGUGCCACCUCGCGCUUGGAAGCUCAAGGCGCCUGAGCCGCGGCCUCAUACUCAAGCUCAGGGCAACCCUCAUCGGGGUGAGUUAUGA